AUGAUUUGGCGUGGAUCACUUAUGACUGUAGUGUUUUGCCUUCUCUUACCUGGCUACUACGCACAAGAGUACUACGAAUUUACCACACAUCCAAGCAAUGUCUACCUUGCAGGAGGCGUACCUCAAGUUGUGAUGUCUUGCAGAGCCGCACCUGUAACAGGCUUAACUUGGACUUAUCAAUGGCGACUAAAUAAUGAUUAUCUUUCUGCCCAACAAAGAGGCAAUGCUAGAUUCACCGGAUUUAACAGUAAUGAGCUUACAAUAGGAUCCGCUACUAGCGAUAUUUACGAUACCACUCUUUUCGGUAAAGGUAAUAAUUUCACAUGUGUGGCAACCAAUAAUAAUGGACCUAUAACGUCAAGAAUCGCAAAUAUCUUCCGUGUUGGUAAACCAUUCUUUCAAGGAAACAGUAAAUUAAACAAAGAAGCUACCUUUUUAGCGGGUCAAGCUACAAGUAUCCAAUGUGGUGACACAAAAUUUCCGGAAAUUCCUAUCACCUUAUUGUGGCAUUACACGAGAAAUGAAUUACGCUUUAAUCCAUCAUCCGAUGGAAGAAUUGCGAUCGCCUUAGAUGGCACUCUAUAUUUCGCUAACUUACUUGUUUCUGAUGCAACGCGUUAUCGUUGUGGUGUAAGGCCUACUCAACCAAUCACAAGUACAAAUAUAUUUUUUUCAGGAAACACAACAUUAGCUAUACAGCCAAGAGUUUGCACCGGUCAAUUAUGUGAUUUUGGUCCAGAAUUGCAUAAAAGGUCCGGUAAUGUGCAAGCAGUGAUCGGUUCAUCGAUUACCUUAGAAUGUAUCCCCAAAGGAAGACCAACUCCUAUUAUCAGCUGGUGCUUGUAUAACUCUAACACUCAAUUAUGCAACAACAUCCAAGCAUCAUCUAAGUACGCUUAUAGUCAAGCCAGUAAUAGGCUAACUAUUAAUAAUCUCAUUCCUCAAGAUGCUGGAACGUAUAGAUGUAUAGCAAAAAGUAUAAAAUCUAUACAAUGGGAUAAUGUCUUACAAGUCGAUCCAAAAUUGACAUGGAUAACAAGGUUUAGAUCAAUGUCUGCUUCAAUCGAAGAUACUGUAACUUUUCCUUGUACUGCAUAUGGCACGCCGCCAUUAAAAUAUACGUGGUAUAAACAAGCCAUUAAAUUUCCCCUGACUAAUAGUCGAUUCAUUAUGUCGAGUACAAGUGGAAAUUUAACAAUAAGAAAUCUAUUAAGUAAUGAUACCGGCGUUUACCAAUGCGUUGUUGAAGACAGAUAUAACAGAAUUGCAAGUGGAGGAUACUUCGAAGUCAAAGUAUUUGCAGCCAGAUUUACUGAGACGAUGCAACAACAGCAGAUUAUUCAAGUUGGUCCAUCAGCACAAGUAGUAUGCCCAAUUGACGGAGGUCCAAAACCGACCAUUGAUUACUUCUUUAACGGAAACCAGAUAUCAUUGUUGGGCUCUAAUAAAUAUGAAAGAUUACGAAAUGGUAAUUUAUUGGUUAAGAAUGUCGUCUUAGCAGAUGGAGGAAACUAUACUUGUAGAGGAAGAAAUCGAUAUAAUCCAGUGAAUACCUACGUUACUGGUUGGGCAAGGGCUCAUGUUUACCAAGCGACUAAAAUUCUGGAAGGUCCAACUACCCGAAGCUAUCGUAUUGGCUCUACAGUAACUAUCCCAUGCAAUGUUACAGCUGAUUCUAGAAUUAGGAAUGCGGUUACAGUAGUAUGGCAAAGGAAUGGUCAAUCUAUACAAGCUUCAUCCAAAUAUGUACUACGAAAUUUAUAUCCUAAUUACGCCUUGACUAUUAACAACGCUCAAAUCGCAGAAAGUGGAAAUUACUCAUGUAGAAUGACUGUUGAUGUCGCUCAAUUACCAGGAAAAACAAUUACUGAUACUAAAAUUGGAAACAUAGCAUUCAAUGCUGUUCCACUACCUCCUACUCUUGCUUCUGGAAGAUUAGUAAAUAGCAGUAUGCUAUUUCUUAACUGGACUUUCGCAACCGAUAACGAAAACAAUAGUCCUUUGAAAAAGUUUGUCGUCCAAUUCAGAUCAAACUAUAUCUCAACUAUUCGAACACUUUUGGAAAUACCCAACAUCAACCAACGAAGUACCUUCAUAACUCCAUCCCCAUAUAUAACAUACACUUUAUACGUAGCUGCAGAAAACGGCGUUGGCCUUAGCCAAAGGAGUAAUCAAUUACAAAUUAGAAAUCCUAAUACAGCUGUUCCUACCGACGCACCUACUAAUCUUUAUACGCUAGUCAAUUCAGCAGAUUUAACAACAUUAACCGUUUACUGGACACCACUAACAGGUGAACAAGCUAAUGGCCCAAACUUAAGGUAUCUGUUAAGAUACAGGAAGAGUAAUACUGCCAACUCUUAUAAGACCAUCGACGUAACCGGCUCUAGUUACACAAUUUCCGGAUUAGAAGCUCGAGUUAAUUAUGAUUUCGAUCUUCGAGCGCGUAACGAUAUUGGCCCAAGUGCAGUAUUUGCUUACUAUCUCGGAUGUACAUGCGAACAAAGGCCUGUCGGAAUACCAUUCAAUGUAACCGUAGUAGUAACAAAUGCAAACAUCGUUAUUAAUUGGUUACAAGUACCUGUGCAUUUGCAGGGCGGAAAAAUCACGGCUAAUCGGGUUAGAUUAACACAAGUUACUUCUGGAACACAAAAUACCAUCUUAAUCAAUUCUACAACUAGUAUUACUCUUUACGGUUUAGCACCUAAUACUAAUUAUACCGUUGCUAUUAGCGGCAGAAAUGCUGCUGGAGAAGGUCCCUUUUCUGUUCCUAAAACCUUUAGAACUGGCAGCAUAGAUACAGCAUAUAAACCAGUUUUAGGCUUUCCUAUUAGCAGUGAUAUAACUAAUGAUACUGUUACUUUACGAUGGACUAUCGUUGGUCAACCGUUUUAUUUCCAGCCUCAAUACAGACUUUCAAAUACUAUCGGACAACAAGUUCGACCUUUUUAUCAAGAAGCAUGGUUUAUCAUUAUUAUUGUUAUAGCUUGUCUAGCCCUUAUUAUAGCUAUAGCUGUCCUACUUUGCAAAGGCCGUAAGAAAGCAGCAGUUCCAAAAGGCAAACAGAAUCCACCCAUUCCACCGCCUCCUGAAACAACGAACGAGGAAUAUGAUACCAUUAAGAGACCACCUUUGCCUCACCCUCAGACUGAAACAAUCCAUCAUGGAGAUGAGUCGUUGCUUGACAAUAAUAGUAUCGAUAGCCUUGAACAAUAUGCUGACUUGCCUGGAUUAAGUAAAUUUAAUGAGGACGGCUCAUUUAUUGGUGAAUAUGGCGACAAGGAAAUGGACAGAUACAGCCAAUAUAAUCAUGAAGGUGUUAUCGAGCCAACUGGUAGUCAAUAUGGCGCAGUCCGGGAUGAUGCAAGCUAUCAUACUAAUCAUACUAAUCAUAAGACCCUUGAUGUUGAUAAUAGCACUACUUUUUCAACUUUUGUCUAA